AUGUCAGCAGGAGGAGGAGGAGAAGAGAAGAUAUUGGUGUCGGUGAGGGUAAGACCUCUAAACGAGAAAGAGAAGACAAGAAACGAUAGAUGUGACUGGGAAUGCAUCAACAACACCACAAUCAUAUGCAACGCUCAUAACUUGUCUGAUAAGCCUUCCUUCACCUUUGACAAGGUGUUUGGAUUUGAAUGUCCAACAAAGCAAGUGUAUGAUGAUGGAGCCAAAGAGGUUGCACUUUGUGUCCUCUCCGGAAUCAACUCAAGCAUCUUUGCUUAUGGACAGACAAGUAGUGGCAAAACUUACACCAUGACUGGAAUAACUGGAUUUGCAAUCAAUGAUAUUUUUCUUUACAUUGACAAGCAUAAACAAGAAAGAAAAUUCACUCUAAAAUUCUCAGCAAUGGAGAUCUACAAUGAAGCUGUGAGGGAUCUACUUUGUGAAGAUAAUAGUAAUCCACUUAGGCUUCUUGAUGAUCCAGAGAGAGGAACGGUCGUUGAGAAACUUAAAGAGGAGACUAUCACAGACAGAAACCAUCUACAAGAACUCAUCUCUAUAUGCGAGACUCAGAGGAAGAUUGGAGAGACGUCUUUGAAUGAGACUAGCUCAAGAUCUCAUCAGAUUCUCAGACUGACAAUAGAAAGCUCAAAACGAGAGACUUCUCCAGAUAGCUCAGCUAUUCUUGCAGCAUCAGUGUGCUUUGUUGAUCUAGCAGGAAGUGAAAGAGCUUCUCAGACAUUAUCUGCUGGUUCAAGACUCAAAGAAGGUUGCCACAUUAACCGGAGUUUACUUACUCUUGGAACUGUCAUCAGAAAACUCAGCAAAGGGAAACAUGGACACAUACCAUAUAGAGACUCAAAGCUAACUCGCAUACUUCAGAACUCACUAGGAGGAAACGCAAGAACGGCUAUCAUCUGUACAAUGAGCCCUGCUCGUAGCCAUCUUGAACAAUCAAGAAACACACUCCUCUUUGCAACUUGUGCUAAAGAGGUGACCACAAAUGCUCAAGUGAACAUGGUUGUGUCUGAGAAAGCUUUGGUGAAGCAACUGCAGAGGGAACUGAUGAGAAUGGAGAAUGAGUUGAAGAAUCUUGGACUUGGUUCUUCUUCUUCAACAACCCCUGAUGAGUUCCAUUCAUUGCUCAAACAGAAAGAGGAAUUGAUUGUAAAGAUGGAGGAGCAGAUCCAGGAGCUUAAGUGGCAACGAGAUGUAGCUCAAUCUAGAGUAGAGAAUCUGCUUAAAUCAGCAGCGGAAGAGCGUUCAUCUUCAAGUUCAAUUGAUUACAGCAGGAGAAGAAGCUAUGAUUCAACAGAUUUUGAUGAGCCUCGUGUGGUAAACAACUUGGUGAAAAGUAACUUGUACUCUCCUGAUGAAGAUGGUUUCUUGCUGGAUGAUACUACCCCUCGAAUCCCGGAGAAUGGGCUGAGUGAAAACUGGGAGGAGAUGGCUCAAAGAACCAUCCAAGAACCAGAUGAUGCUUGCAAAGAGGUAAGAUGCAUUGAAGAGAAUAGUGAAAAAGUAAUAGUCCAAGACACACUAGACAACAUUGUUGAAAAGAAAGUGGAGUCAUUAUCAGAUGAGAAUGAAUUUAUGGAGUCUAAAAAGGAAGAUGAUGUGUCAUUUUUAGAGAAUAUAGAUGCAGAGAAGAGUUUAUAUGCUAAAGAUGUAGCCCAAGAUGAGCUAACUAUCAACAACUUAUCAGCAGAAUCCCAAGUGACAGAGCAAUCUCCUAAGAAAGAAGACAUGGAACAGAACAUGCCUGAGGAUCAGCCAUGUGUUGUAGAAAACAAACAAAACUACAAAAAAACUUCUGUGGCCAAUGAGGAUGAAGAAGAUAUGGAGUCAGAAAAGGAAAAUGAUAAUGCAUCUUUAAAUGCUAAAAUUGAAGCCCAAGAUGAGCUAACUAUAUCCAAGUUGGUAGAAGAAGUGAAAGAAACAGAGCAACCUGUGGAAAAACAAGACAUGGAACAGAAUCUGUCUAAGGACCAGUCAUGUAUGGAAGACGAACAACACUAUGAAUCUCUUAUGGCCAAUGAUAAUGAAGCUAGAGAGGUAGAGAAGGAAGAUGCAGACUCCUCUUUAUCUGCUAAACUUGAAGCCAAAGAUGAGCUAACUAUACAUAAUUCAGAAGAAGCCACAGAGCAAUCUGUGGAGAAACAGAGGAAAUCUUUAGAGAAACAAGAUAACUUGGGACAGAACUUGUGGCCUAUGGUCAAUGAGAAUGAAGCUAUGGAGUCAGAAAAGGAAGAUGCUGAUUCAUCUUUAAAGAAAAUAGAUACAGAGUUGAGUUUUUCUGCUAAACCUGAAUCCAAAGAUGAGUUAGUUAUAAACAAGUUAGAAGAAGCCAAUGAGACUAAGCAAUAUGUAGAGAAGGAAGAAACAAAACCUAGUUUGUCUCCAGAGAAAGAAGACACACAACAGUCAGGGCAACAAGUACAAGUCCAUGGAGGCUCUGAUCAAGAUGAUGAGACUACAUACGAGGCUCUUAAAAACAAGGUGAAGGAGAUGCAGAAGACAAUUGAAUACUUUAUGAGCAUGCACUCAGCAGAAGAGAAUCAGUCUCCAUCUUUUAACACAAUAAGUAACAAGACCAGUCCAGGAGAUAGCUUGAAGAUGAGAAGAAGCCGAAGCUGCAGAGAAAACUUCUUGUUCUCAAAGGCUGUUGCAGCUGCUGCUAGUGGACGCUUCACAUUCAACACAUCUAACAACGCAUCCUUUGAUUUAGACAACAGUGCUGUCUCCAUAGAUGCACAGAGCACUAAAGAUUCAGACACAGAGACUAGCGGUAGUAGCUUCCAUGAGUUCAUGGCAGGACUUAAACAAAUGGCAAUGCAGCACCAUUCUAGGCAUGAGUCUGACAUUGAAGCAGAGAAGAAGAAGCUUGAAAGCACAGAUGUAGAAUUUAAGAGACAGCAAAGCCAGAUUAUUGAGCUUUGGGGGGUUUGUAACGUACCUCUAGUUCACAGAACAUACUUCUUCUUGCUCUUCAAAGGAGAUCCAUCAGACUUUGUGUACAUGGAAGUGGAGCUGAGAAGGCUAACUUUUCUCAAGGACUCUCCAGAGAUGGUGAGGAAACAAAGUGCUAAAACACUUGGACGAGAGAGAGAAUGGUUGGCUAAGCAAAUACCAAAGAAGUUUGGAAGGAAGGAAAGAGAAGAAGUUUACAAGAAAUGGGGUGUUGAGUUGAGCUCAAAGCAGAGGAGCAUGCAAGUAACACACAAAGCAUGGACCAAUGCUAAGGACAUAGAGCAUUGCAAAGAGAGUGCUUCUCUUGUGGCUACUUUGGUUGGUUUUGAUGAAACAAACAUGACGCCAAAGGAAAUGUUUGGACUUAGCUUCUCACCUACAACAACACUCAACGUUAAAUCAUCUGGCUGGAGAUUAUCUAACUCUUUCUCUCGUAUUAAUCUGACCGGAGGAUUAUGA